GAUAGUGCAUUAUCUCGCGCCCUUGCAACCCUCUUCGAACCUUCGCCCAUCCUCCUCUCAGAGGUUGUUCCUGCACUGCACCAGGAACUUACUGAACCCACCACUCGCCCAUCUUCUUUGACCUACUACUCUCUAAUUGACCUAGCGAAUCACACACUCUCUUCCCUCACUCCAUCUCUUCAAGCGUCUUUCGUGGGUGCCCAUCCACGCAUCGGUGAAGUGAACGGACUCUCCCGCCUGAGUGCGAGCGAACAAGCGAGCCGUGCAACACCUCCGAAGGUCCUUGAUCGCUUGGCCGUGCUCAAUGCAGCAUACGAACAUCGAUAUGUCGGAUUGCGCUAUAUCACCUUCGUAAAUGGGCGUAGUAGGAAGGAGAUCAUGGAAGAGAUGGAGGAAGCUCUGGGUGUAGGAAAGGAAGACAUUGAUCUUGAGGCAAUCGACCGGGAGGAGGUGGAGGGUGAAUCGUGGCUAAGAGAGCUUGAACGGGCUGUUGAGGAUGUGGGCAAGAUUGCUAAGAGUCGGUUAAGGGCUCUGGGAGUCGAU